CGGCCAGGCCCGCGUGUGUGCUCCCCACCCCGGCAGGGCGUUGGCAUGGCCACCCCUCGGCCCCCCAGGUACCUGCUGGUGUUCGAUUUCGACGAGACCAUCGUGGACGAGAACAGCGACGAGUCGGUGGUGCGGGCGGCGCCGGGGCAGGCGCUGCCGGAGCAGCUGCGGCAGACCUUCCGCGAGGGCUUCUACAACGAGUACAUGCAGCGGGUGCUGGCCUACAUGGGCGAGCAGGGCGUCAGGAUGGGCGACUUCAAGGCCGUCUACGAGAGCAUCCCCCUCUCCCCCGGCAUGCCAGAGCUCUUCCAGUUCCUCUCCAAGCACCAGGAGCUCUUUGAGCUCAUCCUCAUCUCCGACGCCAACAUGUUCGGCAUCGAGUGCAAGCUGCGGGCCGCCGGCUUCCAGCCCCUCUUCCGCAAGGUCUUCAGCAACCCCUCCAGCUUCGACAAGAGAGGCUACCUCACCCUGGGGCCCUACCACAGCCACAAGUGCCUUGCCUGCCCGGCCAACAUGUGCAAGCGCAAGAUCCUGACGGAGUACCUGGCAGAGAGAGCCCAGGAGGAGGUGGAGUUCGAGAGGGUCUUCUACGUGGGCGACGGCGCCAACGACUUCUGCCCCUCGGUGACUCUGACCGCCGCCGACGUGGCCUUCCCCCGCAAGGGCUACCCCAUGCACCGCAUGGCCCAGGAGAUGGAGAAGAAGCAGCCUGGGGCUUUCCAGGCCACUCUUGUCCCCUGGGAGUCAGCUGCAGAAGUUGCCCACUAUCUGCAGGAGCUGCUCAAGAAGAAGUGUUGAGGCCGGCCGGGAAGAGACUCCGCUCGCUGCAAAGCGGCUGGGGAAGGAGAAGCUCGG